GCCCCACAUCCCUUUUUGUUUCACGCCGUUCCCUCUGUCGACGGUUUUGGAACCAGACCUACGGCGGGGUGAAAUGUUGCACAUGGUGGUUAGCAAAACGCCACCGGUAAUCACGUACCAAGGCGGGAGCUAGAGCAAGUCAGCCCUCCUUACCUGGACCCGCCGCAUCUCCGUUGAAAGCUGCGUCGCAAGCUCGCAGUAUUUCCUGGUUUCGGGCUUCGGAUUGUUGCGGAACGCGGCUUCAAGAAUGGCUUUAUGGGCAGCGCUAUACGAGGUUCGUUUCCUGCGUUGGACAACCUGAGCCGGGCCGGCUUCCGCCUCUCCCUCGGGUUGCAAAGCGUAUCCGCCAUCGCCACCAUCUGCCUCUUCGUGCCCUUCGGCCGUGGUGCCCUCGUCCAAGUCAUCAUCAUCCAGCAGCUGGCCGUUGUCGCCCAGCCCAUAUGCGGAAUAGGGAUGUCCGACGUAAGGAGCUGGCUCCGUAAAGUGUCCUGUUGGCCGGUCGCCGUUUUCCUCUACCUCCUCCUCCUCAGCCAAGGAAGGAGGGAAGUGUGGAUGGGCCACGACGACUGA